AUGUCAACAGCCUCAGACAACACGUCCCCCAAAAACACGUCGUCGCACAGCAGCUCUUGCCCCUCAAAGUCAUCCCGGGCCCUGCAGGGCCAGCAAAGUGUUUUCCGAGUAACCCUGCACAAGCCUGGGACUGGACCUUCUGGUAGGGCCGUAAAAAACGUCUAUUAUGCUCGACGGGCCCAUCGGAAGUCUCGUGGUGGAUGCGCGAAGUGUAAGGAACGACGGAUCAAGUGUGACGAAACUAAACCACACUGUCUGCGAUGCCGCAAGCACGGCGUGGACUGUUUCUAUGAGCCACAGCCGGUCCACAAGCAUGACAAAGACAUUGUCACGUACUUAGUCGAGAAAGUGCCCAGUUUGGUGUCGCCAGACUCAAGCGCACAUUCGUUGUCACUAUCGGCAAUCUCAAAGAAGAUCAAUGAGCUGCUACAGCUCAACCCUAAGGAUGGGAAGCUGUCCGACAACCUUCGCUCACUGCAUCAUUUCCAUGAACAUACCAUGCCCACAGUUGACGACGGGAGCACCGAAGCUUUUCUCUGGAGUAGAACGAUUCAACUUGCACUUCAAUCCCCGUUCCUCAUGCACGGCAUCAUCGGGAUCGCUACAACGCAUCUCUGCCACAUCCUCCCGGAUAAAAGCGCCUACACAGCCGUCGAGGCAUACCACUGGCAAAAGGCCAUCAACCAGUACUCGCAAGAGAUCUCUCACGUCGGCUCUCACAACAUGGACCCUCUAUUCUCGGCCUGUUUCCUAAUGACCGUGCACUCAUUCCGACUCGAGACCUACAAUCCCCACAACUCUUUCGUCUUCUCCGACAACCCAAACGCCCUAAACUGGCUCCUGCUCCAGAGCGGCCUGCGCCACCUCCUCGGCCUCAGCCGCCGCUGGCUCGCCACCAGCAUCUACUUCGACAUGUUCAUGACAUCCCGCAACGAGAACCCGCUGUUCGACGACCACCGAACCGGUCGCGAAGGCCUGGACCCCGCGUUCGCCGACCUCUGCGACAUCAACGAGACCGACACCGAAGAGACGAAUCCCUACCACUGGCCAGUCCGGAUGCUCACCCCACUUCUGUCCGCAGAAAGGUCCACUCGCAGCUUCAGCAAAUACAUGAACUUCGUGGGCCGGCUGACGGGCCCGUUCUACGAUCGGGUGCUUGCGAAGGACCCGCCCGCUCUGCUCAUCUUGGCCUGGUGGCUGGGCAUGGUCGACUCAGCGCAUUUUUGGUGGAUGGAAACGAGGAUCAAGUCCGAGUGUGCCGCUAUCUGCAUGUAUCUUGAAUACAGCGAUGAUCCGCGUGUUCUGGUGCUGUUAGAGUUUCCGGCGCAGGUGAGCGGGUAUUUACUGCGUCAUGUGCAGGAGCGGAUGAUGAUGGUUAAAUUGAAUGGUAGAUCUUGA